AGCGCAACACACCAGAGUGGAGCCGCCGUACAGCAGCAGCACACAGCGCGAUGGUGCGUCUCAGGACCGCGUCGCGCAACUUAACUGCGUUUCAACACGCAAUCAAACUUACGGACUUGUGAGGCAAAUCAGUUCAAUUGUUCAGACCUGAACUAAGCACAAUGGACAGCAAACUAUUUCCAGUACCCUAAACCAACACCGCAACGAAUGAGCUCAUGGUGAUCUCCACAGAACGGACCAAAGACGCGUUAAGCACGGUCACCGUCGCUGUUGAGGAGACUUGCGAGAGGAUCCCAAGAACAGCACCGACACGUCCCUGGCCAGCCGUAACGAGCGAACCGGAUCCCGCAGAUCAAUGAAGAAUGCGCGAGCGCACGCACAGUCGAUGAAGCCGGCGGCGGGAUCAUGCGUGUUCUGCCCGAGCCGAGCGCGCAGUCACUGCGGCUGGUGUUUCUCUUCGUCUUCGUUAUGGAUGUAGCGCCGUCCCCGGCUCUGACCGCCGGCUGCCCUGACCGCUGCGUGUGCGACGACCAGCUGGUGGUCCAGUGCGCCGGGCAACAGUUAAGCGACUUCCCCGUGGACCUCCCGCUGGCCACCCGGCAGCUGAUCAUUUCCAAUAACCGGAUCGGCGACCUGCCGGCGCUGCAGCUCAACUACCUAUCGGACCUGGUGUACCUGGACUGCAGCAACAACUCGUUGACGGAGAUCUCCGAGUCUACUUUUGGCAACCUGCGCAAGCUCGCCUACCUGGAUCUGUCUUUCAACAGCCUGACGCAGAUCGAGGACCGGACGUUUGGCCCGCUGUCCAGCCUGGUGAUGCUGAGGAUGACGGAUAACCCGGGGCUGUCGGAGAUCCACGUGGACGCGUUCGCGGAGAACGCGGCGCUGCAGGUGCUGGACGUGAGCCGCAACAACCUGACGGCGCUCAACAUCAGCUCUCUGAUCGCGCUGCCGUCUCUGCGCUCGCUGGGGCUCAGCGGGAACCCCUGGAGGUGCGACUGCGACACGGAGGACCUGUGCCUCUGGAUCCAGAUAGAGGGCUUCAAGUUCCAAGAUGAGGGGCAGACGGUGUGCCAGGGGCCGCUGGACAUGCUGGGUCAGCGCCUGGCGGAGGUGGGCAUGCAGCUGCGAUCGGAAUGCCACCAGGGACUGGGUUACUGGGACUACCUGUUCUUCAUUGCCAUCGGCUUCGUAAUCUUUAGCGCCGGGACGGUGUCGGCAUGGGUGAUGGGCGUGCUCAUGGUUCUAUACGAGCGCUACAGCAAGAGGAAGAGCGAGGAGCUCGACAGCGAGGAUGAGGAGGAGACAGUCACCCGAGGGGCAGGAAGUGGAGGAGGAGAAGGAGGGAGUAACCAUGGCAAUGGGGACCUGAGCAAACCAGGCAUGCAGGUGUGAUCAGAGGACAGAAGGACGCUGGGAAAUCUUUGAUGAACAGACAGCGACAGCUCGAAGGAGUUUUCUUUUCUAUAAAGAGGUUUAAAGUGCACUUUUUUAGAAUGUGUCAACAUUUAGUUUUAGAUUAAGAGAAGAGGAGGGCAGGACAGACAGAUUAGAUGUAUUUCUAUUCUUAUAGGUGGACUCAGACACUUUCAGCUGAAAAAGAUUGCUGUUUCUGACAGAUCUGAGGGUUGGUCUUGGUUAAAAGCAUAGAAAUAAUGCUCACACACACACAAAGCUCUUCCCAGUGUUAGUAAUGUAAUUGGGGCAGGGUGACAACACUGUGUUUCACACUUAAGAGAGAGACGGCAAGAUGGAAGGAAAUGGGAAAAAGACAAAUAGGUAGAGAGGCUUGAAAACUUAUCCAGUAACAAAUCUCAGCUUUUAUUUACUAGCUCGGUCAAAGAAAGGCAUUUAAAUGGAAAAUAUACAAGGCAGUCUCUCCAGACUCAUGCAGUGUGAAAUUAACGAAUAGAAGAUGGAAGACUCUUCUAAACUGUCUGCACAACUCCAUGGAAGGCUGAAAAUACUUUUUAAGGGGUCACAAACUGACUGACUGCUCAAA